AUGGCGUCCGAUUCUCCCCAGACUCGGAUUAACCAGUUUUAUGCCUCAAAGAAGAGAAAACCCUCUUCGCCAGCAUUGAAGGCAGGGCGAGCUGAGAAAGGUGCCAAACUGACUGUAGAAGGAUCACCAUCAAAAGGAACUUUGUGCAGUUACUUGGUGGAUUCAAAGGAGCCAGACCUGGAAACUAAAGCUGUCCCCGAGGUUCAAUGUUCAUUGGCUGGAAAAGAAACACCCGAGUGUUCAACUAAUGCUGGUAACGUUGCAAUUGAAGGUACUUCGAAGGGUUGCUCGGUUUCAGGUGCUGGGGGAAACAACUCAGAACUUAAGCAGUUUGCAGCUGACUUUUUGUCUCUGUAUUGUAGCGAACUUCAGUCGACUGCAACUUCACCAUCGAAAACAAAUUUGAAUGAUAAUAAGAGAUGUUUAAGCCAAUUGUCAGAGGCUGGUAAGGAUAGAAUGCCCAAGAAGAGGCUCUACAUAAACGAUCAGUUGCAGCCUGGACAGCUUGCUGCUUGUUCUACUUUGAAGAAAGAAGAAGAAAAACAGACUGUUUUUACUCAUAAGAACAAAGCACAUGUUGCUGGUACCUCAGGAGAAGUUGCACCAUGUAAUGAUUACAUCCAGCUUCAGCCAAGCUUGGGCAAAUGUGAAAAUGAGUCCAAAGUGACUAUAAAUUUGACUGAUUGCAGCACGCCAGGGUCAUCCAACACACAAUCACGUCUUAAUGGCACCCCUAAUUCGACACGUGGAAGUUCAAUGUUUUCCCCGGGGGACGCAUUCUGGUGUGAAGCAAUCCAAAUUGCUGAUGGUAUACAUGCUGAAAAGGACAACGCUCUUACCCUAGCCCAUAUUAAUAACGGAAAUUGUGGAGACAAUACAACGGAAGCUGAUAGUAGAAUUAGGCUGAUGGGGAAUAGCAGUUUCGAGGAGUCAGUUGUGAAGCACCCCAUAAAAAAAUCAGCUAAAGAAGUGUCUCCACUGCCGGUGAAACAUCUUGACUUUAUGUUGGACGACAAACCCUUGAACUUAGAUAUCCAAUCUGUCGGGACAGAUGGUUUAAAUGUCUUCAGAGAUGACAAAAAAUCCGCAUGCCUUUUGCCUGGUCUGAAACGCUGUCCAACCACUAACAUUUUAUCAGGUGCUGGUAAGGCUAGGACAUUUCAGGAGCCUGAUCGAAUAAAUCAGGAUACAGAUAUAUCACCAGCCAAUGAACUUAAAGUUUUAGUGUUUAAUAAUUCGUCCAGUGCAUCUGCAACUCCUUCAAGUUCAGCUCCGCACAAGGAUGGACUAGAGAUCAUGAACUGGCUUCCUUUAGAAGUAUGCUGCAUCUAUAGAAAGAGAGGAAUCACGAAACUUUAUCCUUGGCAGGUUGAAUGUCUUCAGGUUGAUGGUGUUCUACAGAGAAGGAAUCUUGUAUAUUGUGCAUCCACAAGUGCGGGGAAAAGUUUUGUUGCUGAGAUAUUAAUGCUGCGGCGGGUUUUAUCAAUGGGGAAAAUUGCUAUACUUGUUCUCCCUUAUGUGUCGAUAUGUGCGGAAAAGGCUGAACAUCUGGAAGGCCUUCUUGAACCUCUUGGUAAGCAUGUCCGGAGCUUUUAUGGUAACCAGGGCGGUGCAUCGCUACCUAAAGAUACUUCUGUAGCUGUUUGCACAAUAGAGAAGGCAAACUUUCUAAUCAAUAGACUGCUGGAAGAGGAUCGUCUGUCAGAAAUUGGAAUUAUUGUCAUAGAUGAGCUUCACAUGGUUGGAGAUCAAAGCAGGGGCUAUCUUCUCGAACUUAUGCUGACGAAGCUUCGGUAUGCUACGGGUGAGGGAAACUCAGAAUCCAGCAGCGGAGAAAGCUCAGGUACAAGUAGUAAGGGUGAUCCUAAUAAUGGUUUGCAGAUUGUGGGAAUGAGUGCAACAAUGCCAAAUGUUGGAGCUGUUGCUGAUUGGCUUCAGGCUGCCCUGUACCAGACAGAUUUUCGGCCUGUUCCACUUGAGGAAUACAUCAAAGUUGGUAACACCAUUUAUGACAAGAAAAUGAACAUUAUCAGAACCAUCCCAAAAACAGCAGAUCUUUGUGGUAAAGAUCCAGAUCACAUAGUGGCACUCUGUGAUGAGAUUGUUCAAGAAGGCAAUUCAGUGCUAAUUUUUUGCUCCAGUCGCAAAGGAUGUGAAUCAACUGCAAAACAUGUUGCAAAAUUCCUUAAAGGGUUCUCCGUUAAUGGUCAGAAUGAUAGUGAAUUUGUGGAUAUUUCCUCAGCUAUUGAUAUGUUGAGGAGGUGUCCUGUGGGGUUGGAUCCGGUAUUAGAAGAGACUCUUCCUUGUGGCGUUGCAUAUCAUCAUGCUGGUUUGACAGUUGAGGAAAGAGAAAUUGUUGAGACCUGUUAUCGUAGGGGCCUUGUGAAAGUCUUAACUGCCACAUCGACCUUGGCUGCUGGCGUCAACCUACCUGCUAGGAGGGUGAUUUUUCGUCAACCAAGGGUUGGGCGUGAUUUCAUUGAUGGGACUAGAUACAGACAGAUGUCUGGUCGGGCUGGUCGUACAGGAAUAGAUACUAAAGGGGAAAGUGUACUGAUUUGCAAACCAGAUGAGCUCAAGAGAAUCAUGGAACUUUUGAAUGAUAGCUGCCCACCCUUGCAAUCAUGCCUCUCCGAAGAUAAGAAUGGCAUGACACAUGCCAUUUUAGAAGUAGUGUCUGGUGGCAUUGUACAGUCUGCCAAUGACAUCCAUCGAUAUGUUAGAUGUACUCUUCUUAAUGCUACAAAACCUUUCAACGAUGUGGUGAAAUCAGCACAGGAUUCACUCCGAUGGUUAUGCCACGGGAAGUUUGUUGAAUGGAAUGAAGAUACGAAGCUAUAUAGCAGCACUCCCCUUGGACGUGCAGCUUUUGGCAGUUCUCUGUGCCCUGAAGAAUCACUUAUUGUUUUAGACGAUCUCUCUAGAGCAAGAGAAGCAUUUGUGCUAGCAUCUGAUCUGCAUUUAGUGUACUUAGUGACACCAAUAAAUGUUGAUGUUGAGCCAGACUGGGAAGUGUAUUAUGGAAGGUUCGUGGAACUAUCUGCUAUUGAUCAGUCUGUUGGAAACCGAGUUGGGGUCACAGAGCCAUUUUUGAUGCGCAUGGCUCAUGGGGCACCCAUGCGGCAUUCGAAAAGGGCAACAGUCAAUUCAGCAGCAAUGCGAGGGAAGCUUGAGAAACAUGCUAGCCUUUUAAGCAACAAUAGCCUUUCUGAUGAGCAAGCCCUUAGAGUGUGCAAACGGUUCUAUGUUGCUCUCAUCCUGUCAAGAUUAGUACAGGAAUCACCUGUAGGUGAGGUUUGUGAAGCUUUCAAGGUAGCUCGAGGUAUGGUCCAAGCCUUACAAGAGAAUUCUGGAAGAUUUGCAUCUAUGGUAACUUUAUUUUGCGAAAGACUUGGAUGGCAUGAUCUGGAGGGCCUAGUUUCCAAGUUUCAAAAUCGUGUUUCUUUUGGAGUGAGAGCUGAAAUUGUGGAACUUACUACUAUUCCUCAUGUUAAGGGUUCCCGGGCAAGAGCACUCUAUAAAGCUGGGCUACGUACACCUCUUGCUAUUGCUGAGGCUUCCAUUCCUGAUAUUCUCAAAGCUAUGUUUGAGGCUUCGUCAUGGUCUACCGCACAAGAAAGUUCAGCACAAAGACGUAUUCAGCUAGGAGUUGCCAAGAAAAUAAAAAAUGGUGCCAGGAAAAUUGUGCUUGAAAAAGCUGAGGAGGCAAGGAUUGCAGCUUUCUCAGCUUUCCAGUCAUUGGGAUUGAGCGUUCCUCAGCUUUCUCGACCUUUGCUAUCAAAUGAUGCCCAAAAUCCUGUGGAGCAAGGAGAUAUAAGGGCUGAGAAAACUGAUGUUUCUUUUCAUGCAGAAGAGAGCAAACCUCCUUCACCUAAGCUGGCAGGGGGCGGUUCUAAGACCUCUGUUAAAGUUGUUUCAGUAGGGGAAGAUGUGACAGCAAAAACACUGGAUUUCGGUCCAGUGGCCCAGGGAGGAGUAAACUUAACUAGCUCACUGCAUUCUAAGGAUAUGGUAGAUCCCAUCCUACCAAUCAGAAGCUCAAUCCUCAAACCCACAGCUGAUGGUAGUAGUGGCCAUAAUGGAAUUGCUGAUGCAAUUGUUUCUGUACAAUCAGGAGAAAAUGGCAACCUAAUGCAAGGGCAUACGCACAUGGUGUGCGGAUUAGAAGAACAAUAUGAUCAAAGACGUAGUGAUAACAAAGAGAAAGUGGGUGCUAAGGGCCCUAUUACUGCCAGUAGUAUUUCUGGUGGAUUUGAUUCUUUCUUGAAUCUCUGGGAUGCAGCUCCAGAAUUCUAUUUUGAUAUCCACUACAGCAAACAGGCAAGUCUAAAUUCUGAUGCCACUUUUGACGUACAUGGUAUUGCUGUCUGCUGGGAAAACUCUCCAGUGUACUAUAUCAAACUUCCUAGGGAUCUAUUGCAGUCUGAUGAUAAGGGAAAUGGUGGCUCAAAAGUGGGCACAUUCAGUGAUACGGAUAAUGUUCUGCCAACAGAGAACUGGUUGGAAAGAGUUCAACAACGAUGGAACAAAAUUCGUGAAAUCAUGAAGAAAAAGAAUGUCAGGAAAUUUACAUGGAAUUUAAAGGUCCAGAUUCAGGUGCUCAAGAAUGCUUCAGUUUCUGGUAAUAGGCUUGGCCAUUUCAGUACUGGUCAACAAGAUUUGGGCCUUCAUCUGGACAGCUCAAACAUAUUGCUUUCUCCUACUAAUAUUAAAGAGGGAGUUGACUUGUCUAUUGUGGCAUGGAUCCUUUGGCCUGAUGAAGAGAGAAACUCGAAUCCAAGUUUGGAAAAGGAAGUAAAGAAACGAUUGUCUGGUGAGGCCAUUGCUGCUGCUAGUUGGAUUGGCAGGUGGAAGAAUCAAAUGCGAAAAGUUGCACACAAUGGCUGCUGCCGCCGUGUGGCACAAAUGCGUGCCUUAUGUGCUGUUCUUUGGAAACUGCUCAUAGCUGAAGGACUUGUUCGACCACUGGAUGAUAUCGAGAUCCCAUUGGUGAACGUCUUAGCAGAAAUGGAGACGUGGGGAAUAGGUGUUGACAUAGAGGGUUGCCUUCAAGCUCGUACUCUGCUUGGGAAAAAGAUAAGGCUUCUUGAGAAGGAGGCUUAUCAACUUGCUGGAGUUCAUUUUUCACUAAGCACUCCAGCAGAAAUCGCACAUGUUCUGUAUUCACGUCUGAAACUGCCAUUACCUGAAAGACUCAAGAAGGGGAAGCAGCAUAUAAGCACUGACAAGCACUGCUUAGAUUGGUUAAGACAUGAACAUCCCAUAAUACCAGUCAUAAAAGAGCACCGGACCUUGACGAAAUUGCUGAACUCUACACUGGGUUCAAUAUGCUCACAGGGUAAGCUCUCUCUGAAGUCACAGAAAUACACCAUUCAUGGCCACUGGCUUCAAACUUCUACAGCCACGGGAAGGCUUUCAAUGGAAGAGCCCAAUCUUCAGUGUGUUGAGCAUAUGGUCGACUUCAAUAUGAGGACUGAUGAGAGUGGGCAUGACAUUGAUAUUAAGCAUCACAAAAUAAAUGCUCGCAAUUUCUUUAUUCCUACUCAGGAGAAUUGGUUACUUCUAACAGCAGAUUACUCUCAAAUAGAGCUCCGGCUGAUGGCACACUUUUCAACUGACACUUCAUUGAUUGAACUCCUUAGCAAACCUCAUGGUGAUGUUUUCACAAUGAUAGCUGCCAAGUGGACUGGGAAGUCAGAAGACUCUGUUGGCUCAGAUGAGCGAGAUCAGACAAAAAGGUUGGUCUAUGGAAUUCUUUAUGGUAUGGGUGCUAACAGUCUUGCCGAGCAACUGGAUUGCAGCCAAGAUGAAGCUGCUGAAAAGAUUAGAAGCUUCAAACACACCUUUCCAGGGGUUGCAUCUUGGCUCAAGGAAGCAGUUUCCGCUUGCCGCCAGAAGGGGUACAUUCCUUGUUGUCUGCAGUUCUACCUGAGCUCUUUUCUUGAUGUCUGAUAUGUGGAAACUCUUAAGGGAAGAAAGCGCUUCUUGUCCAAAAUUAAGUUUGGCAACAGUGAAGAAAAAGCUAAGGCUCAGAGACAAGCAGUUAAUUCUAUUUGUCAGGGGUCAGCGGCUGACAUUAUCAAAAUAGCAAUGAUUACUCUAUACUCGGUAAUUGCUGAAGGAACUGAUGGAGGAGAUUCGGGUUCUCCCCUUGUUAGUGAGUUCCAUAUGCUGAAGGGACGAUGCCGAAUUCUUUUGCAGGUACAUGACGAAUUAGUGCUGGAAGCUGAUCCCUCUGUGAUCAAAGAAGCGGCAUCGUUGCUCCAAAUUAGCAUGGAAAGAGCAGUUUUGCUUCGUGUUCCGCUGCAGGUCAAACUGAAAGUUGGACCAACAUGGGGUUCGUUGGAGCCGUUUCAGACUGAGAAUUAUGCACUUAUUGUUGAAGAUCCCGGUUCUUGAUAAACAAUUGCUUUUUCUUUGCUUGCAAUGAAAACAAUACUGAUGAUAAUCAAGACUGAAUCGAAGUCAACUGCAGCAGUGUGUAGUUUUAUAUACAUAUCGUUCACUGUGGAAUUAAUAACUGCAUUGGCUGUUGAGUGUAGGAGAAGCUUUCACAAAAAUUCAGGUUAACAUUAGUUGAUUGAUUGAUAACCUUGUCAGGAUAAACCUUACUUUUUGGGAACCCAAACAACAUGAUCCUGAGGAAGGAAGUGACAUACUGGAACGCUCCCUGGUUUAACUUUCAGCAGCUGGAAAGCCAAAUGCUUGGGGUUCCACCCUGAAGUAUCCGUAUGACACACUGCGACUGCGUUCACCUUCUUCCCGUCGGCGCCCUCCAUAGGAACGACGUACGCCCUCGAGGUCUGGGUGGUGUGGCAGUAGAACACAGCGUAAGCAUACUUCUGGUUGUGGCAAACCACAGACCUGUAACCUGGCAGCUUCUUCACUCCAUCUUUGAUCUCAUACUCCUGCUUCUUCUGAACUUCACUGUCCUCCACUUCUGUAGAGAUGGCCUCCACGUUCCUGCCGAGCUUCGAGGUGCUGAAAUCGACCAUGGACUCGAGCGACGUGGCACAGUACUUCUCCUCUCCUUUGAUCGCGGGGCUCUCGCAUUCCUCGAUCGUGUUCUUCAUCGUCUUGCCUUCCUGAGACUCCGGUUCGACCGAGAAUUGGUUCAGGAUCUCGGGCAGCUUUCCGGAUGAAAAUGGGAACGAGCCGGCCACUUGUCGAGGUAAAAAGGUGGACACGUGGCGGGUUUCGGUGAAGUCCAAGUUCAUUACUUUGCCAGGAUGGAUGUCCUUUUCCAGGAAGAAGAUUGCUGUGUUGGAGUUGCCGUGUAGUUGAUCAGCGGUGGCGGCGUAACUGUACACGAAGGGGUUUUUCCCCGGUUUUACUCCGACGUAAACGGGCCUUUUCCCUUUCUUCCCUGUGUGUACUGACACUCCGCCUUUGCCUACGCCGACGUUUGUUCUGCCGCCGGGCUUCCCGGUGCUGACGCCAACACCGCCUUUGCCUACGCCGACGUUAGUUCUGCCACCAGGCUUCCCGGCGUUGACAGCAACUCCGCCUUUGCCGACGCCGACGUUCGUUCGACUCCCGGGCUUCCCGGUGUUGACACCAACUCCUCCGCCUUUGCCUCCGACGGUGACAUGAGUUCCCUUGCCGGUGUUCACGUUCACGCCGCUGCCCUUUCCAACGUUUACCGUUGUGCCGCCUGGCGGCUUCCCUUUGGCUGUGUCGACGUUGACUCCGCCGGCACCGACGCUCACAGCUGUGCUCUUGUCUUCCAGGAAGUCUGCAAAACAUGCAAUGGUUUAAAAGAGGGGUUGAAAAUGGAUGAUUCAUAUUGUCAUCUGGCAGGCAUCUGGUACGUUUCUGGUCUCAUCUGUUUCAACUUUCAAGACUGCAUGAAUAUACUUGUCUACCCUCUACUUUUGAAUAUUAAGGAGUCGUUUGGAUACGAGAAUUCAUGAAUGAUGAAUCAUCUACAUAUUUUAUGGAUAGAUUAUGGUAAGAGGGAAAACAGAGAUUUGACAAUUAUAUGUAAUAUUGUCCAAGUUUUUUGCUUGCCAAAUGAACGACUUCUCACAUAACAUUAAGAAAAAGAACUCGUUACCUACUCCAUCAUCCAGUUCUAAGUUCUAACAUAUAAACGACCCCUAAGUUUACAGUGCUUGUUUGGGUGUAUUGAUUACCUGGCUCCAGAAGAUCACUAACAGCUUUUGGCAUGGGUGUGUUUGGCAGGACAGAUUUCCAGUAGAGUUCCGGCGGUAAUGCAGCAUGGCUAGCCACAAGUGCAACCUGCAACACAAGAAAGGUAAAUCUGAGAUCUCCCACCAGGCAAAAUGCAACUACUACUACAAAGAAGCAAUGAAGUAGCAAUCAAAGCAUACUGUGAGAAAGCCAAGAAUGUAGAGGGGAUUGGACUUCAUAUUGUUUCCUCUUUUGAUCCACUACAAACAGAGCUGAGAUGGGUGUUCUUUGACUGAUAUGGCAAAGGGUUAUAUGGAGUUGGGAGAGUGGGUGGGAGCAUUUAUAGAUGGCUUCUCAAGAUAGUACUGGGAAUCACUCUUAACAGCAUUGUUACACACACCUACAUUAGCAGCCACCGCUUUGAAUUUCUCACUGCCAAACUGCCCCAGUCGCUCUCUCCCAUUAAUGAAGCUGGACACACGUUGGAAGAAGAGUGGUACUGUGAUCAGUGGUGGCAGCAUGGGACUUGAGAAAGUCCAAGUGAAGAAGUAAAGACUUAAUUCUGCAACGACGAUCGUCUCAAAGAAUUAAGGCGUCAGAGGAAUGAUGGGACAUUUGGAUUUGGUUUUGUACCUUGGCUCGGGAGUUGGGGGUUGAGGAAGAUGAUUCUAUAUUUGCAGAGCAGAUAACAUACACUGAUUCUACAUUUGGGUUGCAGCCAUUACGUAAGAUGCUCGAACUUGAUUGGGAUGUUCAACUCAACCCGAUUAUCAUCUUGUCCAUUAGAGCCGUGAAUCACUUUUUGUUGUUGUCAUUCCGUCGAUUAUUAACAGAUCCUUAUCUACCUUCUUGGCUCGUAUAUGACAUUUUUCGGGAAUUUCCUAGCUAUAUUCGAUUAAUGUACCAGGUUAUGAUACCAUAUCGAGCUCGAUCUCUUGGAAGAAAAGGAACGGCAUUUCAUCAUCUGAUGUGGGGAUCUGUACUGAUAUGAUGAGUUAUUAGAGGGGAGACUUUUAUGAUGUUACACUUGAAACAGUCGUGUUUAAUUUUGCAUGGACUUUGUUGCUACAAGUGAACAAACAACUACCAUAUUAAUGGAGGUGGUCAGUGGCAGUUGAGGUAAAAGGGGACCGGCCAUGGUGUUGGAAUGAAUGCUUCAG